CACAGUGAAUUUGCAGCUUUGCAUCUGCCUGCUUUAGCGCAAGCCUUCAGAUCGAACAAUAGUAUCAUGAGCACUUCUGUCAUGAUGCUCAAUGUCAUCUCACACACACCAUAUUUCUCUCGUUUCUUGCGCUCUGAUGCAGGCAAGGGCAUGGCUAUUCUACAUGCUAAACGGAUGGCAGCCCACCCGGCAGUCUCUUCCCUCCAAGGAGAAGAACUGGGCGAGGCUACCCAGUUCCUUUCGACUCUUUUAGUCUACCAGGGCAGAGAGGGUAUCAGCCAGGGAGACAUACAGGCGUUGACUCCCAAAUUGCACCGAUGGAAGACAGAACGUGUAGAUUCGGGAGGCGUGCUACAGGUCUCUGCCGACCGGUGCCGGGCUCAGCUCAGUCCAAAUUUGUGCGUUGUUUUUCGUGUCACGGCUUCAGAGUUUUAUCGUAUGUUGACCAUGGAUCGAUGUUUAGCGCUACCUCGAUGA